CGGCGUGUCAUCAUUUUCAGCGUACGAGUGACGAUGGCGUAGUUUUAGGCCAGCCAGACAAGAGAGUCACAUUUCAGGGCAGAACAGGCAUCUCCAGCGCAGUGAUGACAAUAUCAAGUUGGACGUACAUGACAGAUAAAAAAAAACAAGUACCUGCAAAAUUCCACUAUGAGCGUUAGAGAGGCUUAGUAAUAAAUAAUGUUGGGUAAUGAGAGCUCAGACUGCUGAUGAAGUCUUCAUGUGGAAACGUUUGCUGAAUGCUAGGCCAAAGCUAGCAUGUCAGCGCUCUCUUGGUCAUUAGUUAAUUUUAGUUUGCAGGACAGAUUUCAGUGAAGUUUGACUUACUUGUGUGAAGACAUGACGUAGAAAAAACUAAAUAAUUAGCCUGCCUCAUGAGCUUUGUACUUUAUUUCUACAGGAAAUGUCCAACACUCGAUACAGUCUCAAUUUAUUGUCAAUUGUAAACAACUCUAUGCAGAAAACCUAAACCUGUUAGACCAAGAAAGAACGUGCAAGGUCCAUGAGAAAGUUUGCAAGUUGAACACAACAAAGUAUAAAACUCAAAAAUCAAGUCAGCAAAUUAUGGCUGCAAGUCUCAACGUUAGAUUGUCUUGGGAAUUUGUUUGAAUCCCAAAAUACCAGCGUACAGAUGGGAAAGUAUGACCUUUAUUUUAACAGUAACAAGAUCUCCUCUACUCGAUUUUGUUAUUUUUGUGCAAAACGAGUAAAUUAGCAUGAUUUUUCACAGAUAGGCUUUCACAAAGCCAGGUACUCUUUCUUUUGAAAGGAAGAGAAAAGAAGAGCUUUGAAUGGCGGAGCACAACACUGUCAUCCUGAAAUGUACAUCUAAUCCCUUUCUUCUGUUCUAUUUUUCAAGUUAAAUGUUCCACUAGGUCAUCUCCCCAUUCACAUGAGUGCCAGCCAUGACUUCAGCCACUCCUCCGUCCUCCGAAGGCUCCUCCCCGCAGAAAGUGUGCCAUUCCCAGACGCAGACGGACAUCAGCAAGCCCCUGCUGAGCUCCACGGGGGGGAGUGGGGCUCCUGCAGCCGGUGGGGGGGAAACGGGAGGGCCAAACGAGCUCCGCAGGAGACGCAGAGUCCUCUCCAAGGAUGGACGGAGCAACGUCCGCAUCGAACACGUCAGCGGCAGAGGGGCCCUGUACCUCCGUGACCUCUGGACGACGUUCCUGGACAUGCAGUGGCGCUACAAGUUCUUCUUUUUCUCUGCUACUUUUGCUGGGACGUGGUUCCUGUUCGGGCUGCUUUGGUACCUGGUGGCCCUUGUGCAUGGAGACCUGCUCGAGUUCGACCCACCGUCCAAUCACACGCCGUGUGUGAUGGAGGUGAAGACGUUGACGGGAGCCUUCCUCUACUCCCUGGAGUCGCAGACCACGAUUGGCUAUGGCUUCCGGUGCAUAACAGAGGAAUGCCCCAUGGCAAUAAUCCUCCUCAUUGUUCAGCUGGUCAUCACCAUGGUGAUGGAGAUUUUCAUCACUGGGACCUUUCUUGCAAAAGUUGCCCGCCCCAAGAAGAGAGGCGAGACGGUGAAGUUCAGUCAACAUGCUGUUGUGUCGUUUCACGAGGGCCGGCCCUGCCUGAUGAUCCGAGUGGCCAACAUGCGCAAAAGCCUGCUGUUAGGAUGUCAGGUGACGGGGAAGUUGCUUCAAACGUCUCUGACCAAAGAGGGUGAAACGGUGCGGCUGGACCAGCGCAACGUGCCCUUCCAGGUGGACACAUCCAGCGACAGCCCCUUCCUCAUCAUACCCCUGACGUUCUACCACAUCAUCGACGAGAACAGCCCCCUCAGAGCCUGGGCAGCGAAGGGUGGAGGCUGGGCAGACCCUGACCUGGCCGACUUUGAGCUGCUGGUGAUCAUGAGCGCCACGGUCGAACCGACGUCCGCCACCUGCCAGGUCCGGACGUCGUACCUUCCAGACGAGAUCCUCUGGGGGUACGAGUUCCCGCCCGUCGUCUCCCUCUCCCCGUCGGGGAAAUACGUGGCCGACUUUGCCUUCUUCGACAAAGUGGCAAAAACCGCAAAGUCUCCCCUCCGCAAGCAGCCGUCGUCACCGAACGACAGAGCGGAGACGCGCCACAACGGCGCCAGGGAGGACGAAACGAGCCGGGAGAAGCUCAUACUGGAGGAGAACUACAAGGGGAAAGAAAAGAAGCGGGAGCGGGGCCGCGUCAGAGGCAGCAGCCCUCUGAGCGUUCGCAUCAGCAACGUAUGAAGCCGAGCGCAAAACAGGAAGAUGUGGGAGGAAGUGGCGGAGAGAAACGCGGAAGAAGAGGAAUUGUAAGCUGCUAUAGGAACUCGCACCAUCCCCCACACACACAGCCAGUAUUCACCUUCUACACACACCAACAUGUGGACCACAGAGGAAACUGAGCACCUGAGCGCCACACCAUUUCCUCACAACAAGCCUGUAAACAAUAAUCUGUCAGCCAGCCUCAGACGGAGGACACCCGACUAGAACAAACUUACAGCGGGAUCUAAAUGUGUUUUAUAUUGUGUAACAUGUAAUGUAAUGCACGAGGCCGCUCUGUUAAAAUGUGGCCCGUUCUUCUCUUAGAGAUGAAACAUUUCUACACAAGAGAAAGGGACAAACAGUACCAAGAAAACUCUUUGAGUUUGUCGUGUGUACUGCUGAAUCACAGUACUGUGUUUUAAAGGCUCCAUUAUGCAACAACGCAUGAUGCUACAUGCUAUGUUGCACGUAGCAUCAUGCAGCAUAGCACGGGACAAGGAAGGGGCAUGCACCGUCCAAAUAUUCAGCUAUCAUCAUUUUCCCACAGUUCACGGUUUGCACUUAUUUGCAGCGUGCUGGACUUUUUAAGAACUGCCUGGAACGACUUGUGUAAAUAUGAGGUUUAUGGGUCAUUUUAAGGGACUGUUUCAUAUUUCAUUACACUCUGACAGCAUUAACCGUAACACGUUCGUUCGUCUUCGAUGACUGGCAUGGGUUAAAUGAGUUUAGUCGUUUUACUAAAAGAAAGCACUAGAACUGGAAAUAAAAGUGGGAUUUUCUGUUGUUUUGUUUUUUUUCAAACAAGCAAUAACAAAACUAACCUCAACAUUGAGUUACAAGAUUAAAAUGUGUAUUUUCACCAGCUGAUGUUCUGCGGGGAUGAGAUAAUGUCCUUUUGAGUGAAGCUUUUUGUGAAUUUAUGUACAGUAUGUUCCCUUGUGUUUAUGUACAGCUCAUGUAAAUAUAUUUCUCCUCUGUGCUUCCAUUUGGUAGAAACGGGCCGUUGACUGUUUAACAUUUUGACUCUGUAAAGUGCCUGCUGUAAUGUCUGUCUUUCUACUGCUGACAUUUUGUUUCAAAGUUCAUGUCAGAAUGAAAAUGAUGCACUUUGAACGAACCUUGAAGCGCCAUUAGCCUUAAAAGAAUAUGGUACUUUGUGAAAGAGGUCAUAUUAAUGUUUUGGUUUUUUUUACGUCCAAGGUUUUGUAAGGGAACAGAAAAUUUCCCCCAAAAAAAUCCUGAAAUUAGUUGGAGAACAUUUCCUUUCAGAAAGGCUUUGGGCCAAUGUCCCCAUAAUCAUAACUACACGUUGCCAUUUUCUCACUUGAUUCUCACCCACAAUGUAUUUUUCAUACAACAUUCAUAGGAUAAAAAAAUAUAUAUUUACAUAUUAUUUUAGAAAUGUCAUUUUCAUUAAACGAAUAACCUUCUGUUAUUUUUGCUCUAAGUUCCCUAUGGACUAGUUGACUGUAAAGAAAUGUAAGAAAAUAUCACUUCGUAUUGAACUAAAACUAGUGGCAUCCCUCUUGUAGACAUUAUUUAUUGCAGUCAUAAAAUUACACAUAUGGUGGAUUUCAAAUGGACUGUAGAAAAUGGCUGAAUUGAGUUGUUAAAAGUUGAAUCCUGAAUGAGAAACAACUCCAUUGUGUGCCUGAAGAAGUUGGGGAUGAAAAUAUGAAAUGACUGCUGGGGCAAAACCAAAAGUAAGUAAAUAAACACACAGCUAAACAAUGAAAAGCCAAAUAUAACAAUAAUACUAAUACUAAUAAUAAGCAGUGUGCUGGCUUAAAAAAUAUCCCAGUAAAGUCAACGUUUGCAACUCUUUUUAUGUCCACUCGAUAAAAUCAUAAGAUUGCCUGCCUUUCUGUCAGCGACAAGCGACUGCUGAAAAUGUUUCAGGCUGAACGCUGUCCUGGUUUCUGCAUCAGAAUGUGUUUAAUAAAUCACUCCGUCUUAAUCCUGGAAGCUCUCUGCUCAAACUGUCGAUGUAACUUUAAGUGCCUCGUUUAAUAAACGUAUUAUUUGCAA